AUGACCCAACAGCUUUUGCCAGACUGGCUAUCGUACUCUCGUAUAGCAGGACAGAAUGCCUAUACUAUUGUACAGCAGCCGCAGACUUACUACGGACCGUCUAUUCCGCUGGGCGGUGGAUGGGACUACGGUGGUCUAACUUCGCCCACGUCUUCAGAAGGAAGCAGCACAGCUAGCAGUAGCAGCUCUGGUAGCUCUAGCCAGACUAGUAGCGCGUCAGACGCGUCCAGUACGUCGAGUACGUCUGGUAUAUCAAACACGUCAAGCACGUCGAGCAACUCAAGUAGCCAAACUAGUAGCUCUAGUAGCUCUAGUAGACCAUCAACUACCUCCAGUUCAUCUACCACAUCUACCACAUCUACCACAUCUAGCUCGUCCACCACCUCCAGCAUAUCCUCCAGUACCACAAAUCCACCAAUCACCUCAUCCACUACUACACCUCUGCCUUCUUCAAGCACAAGUAGCGGCGUAGGCCCGGCAGCUGGUGAUACAGUUGAGGCAAGUGAGACAAGUGACACUGGCAAAAUACUAGCGAUAGUGCUGCCUGUCAUACUCGGACCACUACUCCUUCUACUGCUACUGUUACUGCUGCGAUGUGUAUACAAGCGUAAGAUGAACAAAGACAUAGAGCGGCGCCAGUUUGAAGUUACACCUUUCCUAGCAACCCAUCAAACACGUCCUUCGGAUGCAGAUGCAGCGCUGUACAACACUGCACCCAAACCGACGCAAACGCAAACGCAAGCGCAAUCUCAAUCAUGUCCUAGUACCUGGUUUGCCAUGCUGGGAAGUAAGGCAAAGGCAUGGAAUGAGGAGAGAGAUCGAGAGAAAAAAUUCACUUCGCUGCCGCCUCCACGCAGCCGCGGAUUCAAGACAGAUUUGUCAAUUGAGGAUAAAGUAACGCCAGUGCAGCGCCGCCAGAGCAAUAUGUUCAAGGUAUCGCCAUUGCUAGGAACGUCAUCGUCGAAUGAGAAGCCAUCGCAAAACAGGCCGAUAUCGCAGACGCAGUUCGGCGACAGUGACGGCUGGUCCGACAACCAGUCUGAUAAGUACAGCUCACCUCUGGACAAGAUCCGCCAGAUGCGGCUUUCGAUGCUGAGCAACCACACGGUAAACGAUGACGACAACGAACACGAUUAUCCCAGCACUAGCGCUGGGAUGUGGGGAUUGGCUACUAGCAUGUUUCCUCGUCGCUCAAUGAGGGCACAGCCACCACUCAGUGGCAGCGUUGGAAAGAGAGUUCGACCUUAUAAACGGAUAGAUAACGACGCGUACUCGCUCGCUAACGAUAGUAGCAGCAGCAGUGGGGAUGCAUAUUUUCCAAUCGUGCCCACUGCGCGCAUUGAUGAUUUCUACGAUAACAGUGCAAGUUCGAAAAACUCGAAAGAGAAGAGUAACUCAAGUGGAAGUAUGUCAUUCAAAACAAGCAGCCCGUCACCUAUCCCACCGCCAUUCGCGUUCAAAACGAACCAGGUAUCGCCGUCGAUGUCUAGUAUGUCUCAGUUCACAAACCACUCCACGAAUUCCAACUGGCUUAAUACGGAAGAGCGGGAACGCAGAAUUGGUACAGCUUCGACACGAUCAGGGUCGUACGACACUGCUUCCGAGGGCUAUGACAGCAGGUCUGAUAGUCGCAACGCGAGCAGUAACUCUAAGGAGUCGACGCCCGUCUCUAGUUCAUCGGAUAGCAGUCGACGUCGUCCGCCUGUGUUUCCACGUACUAGCGAUACUGUCUUUGGGCAGAUGAUAGCAGAUAAGGAGAGCGCGUUUGACUUUGGACCUCCCCGAAAUGAUUAUCAGCCUGUCAUCGUGGAAGAGGAUGAGGAUGAGGAUGAAAAUGAUGGUGAGGAAGAGGAUAGGAGGAGGGAGGAAGCUAUGGCUGUCCCUAAGUCAAGGUGGAAAGAGAAUGCACGUCCUUUCCGGGGUAGAGGGGGUAGCCGUUAA